AUGGCGAACGAGGAAGCGAAACUCGAUACAAAACUCACUCAGUUGAGAUUAACGGCGCAAAGAACCGGGAAAAUACUUGAUGCUGGAAAACGAGAAACGAUCGAACGGCAUUUAAAGGCACUCCAAACAACAAUAAGCGAAACAGAUCAGUGUAAACGUACAGUUGAGGCUGAAAAAAUCGGUAAGAAAGAAGACCUAGCAGAAAUUAGCGACUGGAAUACGGAAAUCGAAGCGAAGAUAGGUGAAGCUGAAGACGAAGUAAAUCGACUUCAACAAUGGCUAGACAGCAAAAAGAUGGAAGAAGAAAACUACGCUCGAGAGGAACAACUUAAAUUCGAAGUGAAAUUGGGAGAAACAAAGCUUCAAAUGCAAGCUAAAAUUCAGGAUGCAAACCCGGGGGGGCAUAACACCUCGAAAACUGAGACGGGGGAAGGCAUGAAAGGUAUGUCAGUGAGAUUACCUAAAAUUAAUAUUGUGCAAUUUGAUGGGUCAUACAUGGAUUGGCCAAGAUUUUGGGGCCAAUUCACAGAGACGGUGGAUAAGUCAAAUAUAGCUGCUAUCAACAAAUUUACAUAUCUGUGUGGGUUUCUGGGACCAAAAGUUAAACGCCGGGUAGAGUCAUUGCCAUUUACUGCGGAGGGAUACAACCGGGCAAAGUCAAUUUUGCAAGAUCAAUAUGGCAAAACUCCGGAGAUUGUCAAAGCCUAUAUUAAAGAGAUCAUGGAUUUGCCACACAUUUCUGGAACCAACCCAAAGAAAAUAGCAGAAUUCAGUGAGAAAUUGAAUUAUGGUGUUCAAGCCCUUGAGACACUAAAUAAACUGAAGGAUGUUCAAGGAAACGUUUCCAUGACAUUGGAUAAGCUUCCAGCUAUACGGGGUGACUUGGUAAGGGAUGACCCAGACUGGGAAAGCUGGGAUUUUGCAAAACUUGCUGAAGCAAUCAGACAGUGGACCAAGCGAAAUCCUGUUUAUGAAAAGGAGUCGGAUGCAUCAGGGAAAUUUGGGAAGCCUGGUAAAGUCUAUCAAACAAAAGCCACAAGGGUAUGUGUCUACUGCGAAGGCGAGCACAAGACGGGGGAAUGUGAAGUGGUUACUAGUGUCAACGAGCGGAGAGGAAUUUUAGCAAAAAAGAAACUUUGCUUUAAUUGUGCAGCAGGGCAACAUCGGGCAAAUGCUUGUUUCAGUAAAUCAACAUGUCGAAAAUGCAACAAACGCCACCAUACAAGCAUAUGUGAUGCCAAAGAUCGAGAUGACAAAGCCACUGCUGAACGAAAAGUGUUAACUGCAAGUGGAAGCACAGCUGAAGGAAUUUUCCCUGUUGUGGUAGUCAAGGUGAAUGGAAUAACAUGUCGAGCACUGAUAGACUCUGGCGCUGGUAGCUCAUACAUAUCUGGCAAACUUGCUUCCAUGCUUAAUGUGAAACCGAUCGAGUCAAGAACUUCAAAAAUUGACAUGCUUUUGAUAUCUAGAACCACCAGGCUGGAUAUAUAUGAAGCGAAAGUCGAGUCAGUGGACGGUGAUUAUGCAAUGGAUGUAAAUUUGAUCAAAGUCGAGAAGGGGGAACUACUCACUAUUGACAAUCCUCAUUACGAUAAGUUACAAAGUGAAUUUGAUCACCUUAAACAAGCAAAGUUCAUUGAUGUCGACCAGAAAUCUCAAUUACCUGUUCAUGUUGUGCUGGGAAGUGGUGAGUACGCGCGGAUAAAAACUCGAACAAAUCCUCUAGUGGGAACCGAAGGUCAACCAAUUGCUGAGAAGACAAAACUUGGGUGGUUCGCCAUGAGCCCUGGUGUAGAGCUGAACCACAACACGAUGCUUCUUACUCAAACAUCCCAGAAAGAUUAUGAAGACCUGUGCCGCCUUGAUGUGUUGGGACUUGCAGAUACAGCUGAGCAUGAUCAAUCUAUGGUCUACAGUGAGUUCAAAGAACAAUUGACUAGAUCUCCAUCGGGCUGGUAUGAGACGGGCCUUCCUUGGCGUGGAAACCACCCACCACUACCGUCAAAUGAAAUGGGAAGCAUCCGCCGAUUGCAAUCUUUGGAACGUCGCCUGCAACGAAAGGACUUAAUCGAAGACUACAACACAGUGAUCGAGCAGCAGAAACAACAAGGAAUUGUGGAACCAGCCAAUAACGAAGCGAAGGGAAAAGGAAGUUGUACGAGAGUCGGCACAGUCAACAAAGCUGCGAGUUGUAUAUGAUGCUUCUGCGAAAGCCUCUCCUGUAAGCCCAUCCUUAAACGAAUGUCUUUACGCGGGUCCCCCUCUUCAGAACAAACUUUGGGAGAUACUAGUUAGAGCCCGAAGUUUCCCAGUAGCAAUCACAGGUGACAUGGAGAAAGCAUUUCUCCAGAUCCGUGUAAAAGAGAGUGAAAGAGAUGCGCUGAGAUUUCAUUGGCGAGAAAACCCACUAGCUGAUGUGGAGGUAUUGCGGUUCACCAGAGUAUUGUUUGGUUUGGUAUCAUCGCCAUUCCUGCUUGGCGGAGUUUUGGAAGCGCACUUAAAUUACUGGAAGAGCAAAGCUCCAGAAGCAGUCGACACGCUGAAGAAGAGUCUGUAUGUCGAUGACAUUAUUUCGGGGGGUAACACUGUUGGUGAAGCAAAACAGCGCAAGUCUGAAGCUACUGAUAUAUUGGGUGAUGCAACCUUUUCACUUCAUAAAUGGGCAUCCAAUGCGAACGAACUGGACGGAGAAAGUGACAACAACGAAGAUCGCGAGGAACAAACAGCAGCAAAACAACAGCUCGGCGUGAAGCCAACAGAAACGAAGAUCCUGGGUGUGAAAUGGGAAAAAGAGAACGAUACACUAAGUGUGCAACUGGGAUCGAACAGCGAAAGUCCUACAAAGCGAAGCAUCCUUGGUCG